ACUCAACAAUAUCCAUCAAAUAAAUAUAAUUCUUUAUUCAAUAAUACCAGUAGUGGUCGGACUCGAUCUAAACCAUAUCAAAUAAAUUCUUCAAGUACUAAUCAACCACGUCAACGUACUGCAAAUACACUUUUUUCACUAGAUACACCACCUGAUACUAAAUUGGAACAGGAAUCUUUUCCAUCUAUCCUUUGUCCACAAUGUAAUCAAUUUGGACAUGAAGCUUCUUCAUGUCAAAAUUUUUAA